GUAACCAACUUAACGGAGGUUGGUCGUGACUUUUUUUCACUCAUUCGUAAGACGUAUAAGUCACAAGAACAUCCCCAAUAAAAUCGGUGAAUAAUUGAAUUUUUGUCAGUGAAAACUUUGAUUUAAUCAAUUUCUCAGUUAGCAAACAUGAAUGUGAUUACAAAGUCGGGUAAUUUAGCACCAUACUUGCGUGGUACAACGCAAGUGGUUGCCAACAAUGUGAAAAUUUCAACACCCGUGAAUGCAGCAGGUGAGCUCUCGGUUCCAAAAACAUUCGACAUCAUUAAAACCAAAUCAAAUAACUCGCUUGCAGCUCAAACUGUUGUCGUUGGUUCUGCGAGUCAAGUGCGACUUUACUCAACUUCGCAUCGUGAUGUUAAAGUGCCAUCUUUCGAUGCUUACCGAUGGGAUCACAAGAAAGACGCAACCCGUGCCACCAACAAUGAAAAGCAAAUGAGCUACCAUUACCUUAUCACUGGAGGUUUGUGGGCAACUAGUUUGUACGCCGGUAAAAGCUCAGUACGCAGUCUUUGCGAAUACAUGGGUGCUGCCCGAGAUGCUCUCAGUAUGGGUUCCAUUGAAAUUAAAUUGGGUGACAUCCCCGAAGGAAAAUCGGUCACAUUCACAUGGCGUGGUAAACCAUUGUUUGUGCGUCACCGUGUCGACGCCGAAGUUGCCAAAGAAGAGGCCGUACCAUUGAGCGAAUUGAGAGAUCCACAAACUGAUUCAGAGCGUGUCAAGGAUCCAAAAUGGUUGAUUGUUGUCGGCGUGUGCACUCAUUUGGGUUGCGUACCAAUUGCAAACGCUGGUGAUUUCGGUGGUUAUUAUUGCCCGUGCCACGGUUCACAUUACGAUGCAUCAGGUCGUAUUCGCAAAGGUCCAGCUCCACUUAAUCUAGAGGUUCCCGAAUAUCAAUUCAAAGGAGACCUUGUCCUUGUCGGUUAAACAUACAAAUUAUACACAUAAUAAUUAUCCAAACCAAAAUGAUAACUAUUACCAUUUGCUGCGUUUGUCCCAAUAUAAAAUCUUAAUAAAUUGUAAAGAACAAAUUGACAAGUAAGACCAUAUUUAUCUGAACUAUUUGGAGCGUACGGUAGACCGAAUUAAAUGGAUUUUUCAAUUUAA